GAUGAAUCGCAGCGCUCCCCUCCUUGCACACCAUAGUUGAUCCAAUCACUUUACACGUUUCGUAUGUAUGUGGCGCUCGGCCACCCAGGCGUUUGUGCUCCUCCACCGAUCAAUGUCAAUGUCAACAGCGCUUCCACCAUCCCCCAUCCCUCUUCUAACGUCUGUCGCAUCGUACAGACAAUGGCGGCAGAAAGCCUUCGAUGAGAGGAAAUCUGUGGGCUUUGUGCCGACCAUGGGAGCUCUUCACGACGGACAUCUGUCUCUUGUCCAAAAGUCGCUGGCCGAAAAUGACCUGACUGUUCUUUCCAUCUUCGUGAACCCAGCCCAAUUUGCCCCGCAUGAAGACCUUGCUACAUACCCUCGUACCCUGCCAAGAGACCUGGAGCUGCUUACAGCACAACAGGAAAGCCUCUGCCGGUAUUUCUUCCGCAGGUCAAAGACAUGUAUCCAUCAGGCAUUAGCCAGGAUAUUUCGACACAGAAGGGAUGCAUUCGUGGAGAUGAAGGGAUACGGACACCAGAUGGAAGGCGCAAGCAGGCCAACAUUUUUCCGAGGCGUCGCGACAGUCGUGACUAAGUUAUUCAAUGCAGUCCAGCCUACGAAUGCGUAUUUUGGCCAGAAAGAUAUUCAACAAGCCCUACUUCUUCGGAGGCUCUGCAAGGAUUUACUUUUCCCGCACCCCGAGGCGGACCACGUCCAUAUUGUUCCCACGACCCGCAAUCCGAAUGAUGGGCUAGCCUUAUCAUCUAGAAACGCAUAUCUUUCUGUAAACGAGCGGAAAUUCGCCCCUACGCUUUUCAAAGCCCUUCAAUACGCUGAGUCUGCCUGGUCGAAUGGCGAAUCCAAGGACCGUUGCGUUUCGGGGGCUGUCGCUGUCAUCGACAAGGUCAAAACACAGGCUGCCCUUGACGGAGUAGAGGUACGGCUGGAUUAUAUCGAGAUGAAUGAUUCGGAGACAUUCGACGUUUUGGACGCGUCUUCGAACACUCAGUUGGCUGGAGACAUACCUGUGAUUUUGAGCGGUGCGCUAUGGGUUGGGAAGACUAGGUUGAUCGACAAUAUCGUGGUCGGUGACCUGAAUCGCGUAUAGUAAGAUAGCUCGCAAAUAGAUAAUACAUAGAUGACAUGACGGUUCAGGUGAUACUUUCAGUGU